AUGCCCUGCAGCCUGCAGCAUGCCCGCCCGCCGCCCAGCGGCACCCAAGCGCAGCGCACGCACACCACGCCACCACGCCAGAAUAAUAGCCGGGGCCUGCCUCCGCGGGUGAUGCGUCCGUUCUCACCGUUGGCGCCCUCGCGCGCGCGCACGGACCCAAUCCCCGCGACCAAUUUUGCAACCCUGCUCGCGAUAACGACCGCACCGCCCCAAACUCUUUCCUCGCAUAUGCGCGCGAAAGGCCAAUCGCCUCUCCCCACCCUGUCCGAGGACGCGCCGACACGCACCCGUGCAUCCCCUCCCGCCGUUCCCUCCCUUUGCUCCUUCGCGCGCGUCGCCUUCCAUCGACCCUUCUCCUCCGACCCGUCGCCCGCGCCUUCCCCACCCAGCCCGCCUCUGCCUUCGGUGUCUGCGCCGUUCGUCCGCCGGCCACUGGUCCGAGGGGGCGUCCGUGCUGCAGCAGUGGGGCAGCUUCGACGAGCGCGCCUGCGCAAGGGCGGAGGGUCAGCGGAGCCAGCCACGCACCCCGGCCUGCGCGGCGUAAAACCGUGCAUCGCCCGCGUAGACCGGCACCAUCAGCGAAUCGACGCCUACGGGGCGCCCACGGCCUCGAGGCGGACCUCGCCGCCGCGAAGACCGGGCCUGCUCUCGCCAGGAGCGCGAGAGCUGCCCGCUCCGCCUGUCGUGAAGGCGUUGAGUUGCCAGGCCGGGUUCUGGGAGGUCACUUGGACUCUUGCCGAGCCCGCGAAGCCGCCUUGUGGCUGGGCGCACGCGGGCGCAGCGAUGCAUCCGACGGUAGUGUGGCGUGAUGGCGAUAGGGCGUGUCGCCUCUGCGCGAGUGCUUUUCUCCCAAUGCUGGCCCUUUCUGAAAGCUCAAUCGUUGCCUGCGGGUGCACGGAGCCGGGGGUCGCCGUCCUGUCGCGCGGGGUGUCGAGCGUAGGGUCGCCGAGGGGGUCCAGAAGACGUCACGCGCUUGAGGGCACGCGGUGGAAAAGGGGCAGGCCUUACCCCGCACUCCGGAUCGGGCCGGAUGAUCGCGUGUGGGGAACCCAAAUGGGACGCGAUCGCCGUGCAGCUCAAAGGCUGAAGCAAAAUGAAGUGGCGCGAUCUCGCUCCUGUGGCAGAGGCCGUCGUGCUCCAGUCUGUCCUCGAGGGGGCGCGCAGGCUGGAAAACGUGGUCAGCCACGCCCCGGGCACGCGCCGCGCGUAACAGUAGACUUACUGAGACGGCGGCCUGGCCGCUCUCGUCGUGUGCCGCGCGACGAAAAACGCGGUCGGUUGACUGGCGGGUACUGGCCUGCGCCGCGGGCCCGACGGGGUGAGAGGGCGAUCGAAAGACCCCGCUGCGAACAGACCGUCCGGCACGGCGAGGCAAAGGAUAGUCGAUCAAUCGUGUUCUGCACGAUAUUUAGGACCCCAGGCCUCGGGAGCGAAGACGCGUCGCGUCGCGUCGUCCUGCGCACGAAAGGUGGCGCACGAACUACCAGCAGACUAAAUGCCACACUCACCAGAGACCACACGAUUCUUCCGAGAGUUGGACGCUUGGAUCGAGAUGAGCAAGGACAAGACUCGCCAGGCUUUGAGGCAGUGGCCUUCUUGCGCAUAUAUCCCACGAAUAGCGCCGUGAUGGAGGGCAGACUCGAUGGAAGUGGGGAGAAAGGAUGCAGCUUUGGAGGUGCUGGCGAUUCGCGACAGCUGGCAACGAUGUCAUCGAGCGUCAAGAACGCAAGGUGUCUCCCGGUCCGGUAUAUGUUCUCACAAUCACGCGUCCUUGGUACCCGCCUGAUCAUGUGCACUUCGCCGAAUUGA